CAAGCAACACGAAAGGCAAUGCCUCCCCACUUAACUAACCUUCGCCUCCUAUUCUCCUCCGCCAAUCACCAUAUCACCACCCUUCCCGCCUCUUCAAACCUCCUUUCUUCCUCCUUUCCUCUUUUUUCCCAACCCAAAAUCCAAUCUUUGCAGCUGCCGCGCCGUAUUUUUCCCAACACUCUACGUUUCUUCACUACUUUUUCUUCUUAUUCCAGAAAACCCCGCCGGAGUAGCAAUAGGAAUAGUUCAAGUUCUCCCUUUUCCAGCACUAAGCAGCAUAGAAACAGCAGCACUUCUAAUACGAGAGGGAGGGAUAAUAAUUUUAAUAACCAGAAAGGUGGGUUGUCGAUGGAAUUGGAAAAAGAGGCUGGUUCUGCUGACAACGCUCUUGAGUCAACUUUUGUGUAUAAUAAGAAAAGGGCUGAUGGUUCGGAGAAGAAAGAUUUGCCCAGGAAGACCCUUGAGCUUAAAGUCCGAAAACUGAAUCCUAUUAAUACUAUUUGUUAUGUUCAGAUUCUUGGUACUGGAAUGGAUACGCAUGAUACAUCACCAUCUGUCCUGCUAUUUUUUGACAAGCAGAGAUUUAUUUUUAAUGCUGGAGAAGGAUUGCAACGCUUCUGUACAGAACAUAAAAUCAAGUUGUCAAAGAUUGAUCACAUUUUUCUCUCACGCGUAUGCUCAGAAACUGCUGGUGGCCUUCCAGGGCUUUUGUUGACUUUGGCAGGCAUAAGUGAGGAAGGAAUGUCUGUUAAUGUGUGGGGCCCCUCGGAUCUCAAAUUAUUAGUAGAUGCAAUGAGAGCCUUCAUUCCAAAUGCUGCAAUGGUUCAUACACGUAGCUUUGGGCCUGCAUCUGAUUCCAGUGCUCUUGUGACUCCUGCAAAGGAUGUGUUCAGUGAUCCUGUAGUUCUUAUAGACGAUGAAGUUGUGAAACUAUCAGCUAUCAUCUUGAGACCAAGUCAGGCAGCAGAAGGUUCCUCCACAAAAAAGCCUGGAUCACAGGAGGCAGAUGAACAUUUAGUGGAACAAUUAUCAUCUUCAAUUUCAAAGCCCAGAGCUGAGCCAUCCACAAAGCCUGGUGAUCUUUCAGUGAUUUAUAUCUGUGAAUUGCCUGAAAUUAAGGGGAAAUUUGACCCUAAGAAAGCUGCUGCUCUCGGAUUGAGACCUGGUCCAAAGUAUCGUGAACUUCAGCUUGGUAACUCAGUGAAGUCAGAUCGUCAAGAUAUUAUGGUUCACCCUAGUGACGUCCUGGGUCCUUCUAUUCCUGGUCCAAUUGUACUCCUCGUGGACUGCCCAACUUUGUCUCAUUUUAAAGACGUGUCAUCUGUACAAUCUCUUUCGUCCUAUUAUGCUGGAAUAUCUGGUAACUCUAGUUCCAGAACAGUAAAUUGCGUCAUUCACCUUAGUCCUUCUCAUGUCACAAACACAAUCGAGUAUCAGAAGUGGAUGUCAAGAUUUCCUGAAGCCCAGCAUAUCAUGGCAGGACAUGAAAUGAGGAAUAUUGAGGUUCCAAUUAUAAAAUCAAGCGCAAGAAUUGCAGCACAGCUUAACUACCUUUGCCCUCAGUUCUUUCCUGCUCCUGGCAUCUGGUCUCUCCAGCACUUGAAAGAUAUAGCAUCAGACUUGAGGGCUUCAAGUGAGGGUCCUUUCUCAGAUCUUUGUGAAAGCAUACCAGCACAGAAUCUCCUCAAGUUCCAUUUGCGUCCAAUCACUCAGCUUGGCUUGGACAGAUCUGGGAUUCCUGAUUCAGCAUCACAAUCAGAAAUUGUUGAUGAGCUGGUAUCAAGGAUUCCAGAAAUUACAGAGGCAUCAAAACAAGUUAGCCAGCUUUGGCUUCAGAAUGGGAAAAAUGAGAGGAUGUCUGAGCAAGCUAAGGAACUUCCUACUGAAGAGCCAUGGUUGCACAAUAAUGAACUUCCAGCUUGCUUGGAAGGCGUAACAAGGGAAGAUUUAGAAAUUGUUCUCCUUGGGACUGGGUCUUCUCAGCCUUCAAAGUAUAGGAAUGUCAGUUCUAUUCUUCUUAAUCUUUUCUCUAAAGGAAGUAUACUUUUUGACUGUGGUGAAGGAACCCUUGGCCAACUAAAAAGAAGGUUUGGUGUUGACAGAGCGGAUGAGAUCAUAAGAGAUUUAAGGUGUAUCUGGAUUUCUCAUAUUCAUGGAGAUCACCAUACAGGACUUGCAAGAAUACUUGCUCGUAGACGGGACUUGUUAAAGGGAGUACCUCAUGAGCCUUUGAUGGUUGUUGGUCCUUGGCGGCUGAAGAGAUUUCUAGAUGCUUACCACAGACUCGAGGAUCUAGAUAUGCAAUUCCUCGACUGUAAGCAUACCUCAGAAUCUUCGUUAGCAGCUCUUGAUUCAAAUGAAGUUGAUCUAGCUUCAAAAGCUGCAAUAAAUUGUCAGGACAUAAAAGAUGCCGAUAGAAUCAGGUCAGAGGAUCAAAAAAUCGACUCCACACUAUUUGCAAAAGGAAGCCGUAUGCAGAGUUAUUUUAAGAGGCCUGGCAGUCCAGCCGAAAAUGCUAUGGUCUAUCCACUUUUAAAGAAAUUAAUGAAGGUGCUCAGGGAAGCGGGAUUACAGGCAUUAAUAAGUUUUCCUGUAAUCCACUGUCCACAGGCAUAUGGUGUUGUGCUGAAGGCUGCAGAUAGAACCAAUGGCGCUGGAAAAACAAUACCAGGCUGGAAGAUCGUGUAUUCUGGUGACACUAGACCUUGUCCAGAACUGGUGAAAGCUUCGAAGAGUGCAACUAUUCUUGUACAUGAGGCUACAUUUGAAGAUGGACUGAUCGAGGAGGCUAUAGCAAGAAAUCACAGCACAACAAAAGAAGCUGUUGAAGUUGGGGCUUCUGCAGGAGCAUAUCGUGUUAUCCUUACACACUUUAGCCAAAGAUACCCUAAGAUUCCAGUUUUUGAUGAAAGUCACCUCCAUAAUACCUGCAUUGCUUUCGACAUGAUGAGUGUCAACUUGGCUGAUUUACCUUUACUUCCAAGAAUUCUUCCCUACAUUAAACUCCUGUUUAGAGAUGAGAUGGCUGUAGAUGAAUCUGACGACAUGAAUGAUAUAGCCACUGUUGCAUAAAGAUAUUCUUUCUGCCUUUCAGAUGUAUAUGUUUAUUCUUUGACACACCAUAUUUUUUUGGGCCAUGACCAUAAUAGUAGUACAAGGAUGGUUACAUUUCAUACA